AUGUCCCCUACAAACACGAUCCCUACAAAGAAGCCCCCUACAAAGACGUCUCCUACAAAGACGUCCCCUACAAACACGUCCUCUACAAACACGAUCCCUACAAGGAAGCCCCCUACAAAGAUGUCCCCUACAAAGACAAGCCCCCUCAGAGAGGUCUCCUACAGAGAGGUCCCCUAUAAAGACGUCCCCCACAGAGAGGUCCCCUACAGAGACGUCCCCCAAAGAGAGGCCCCUUACAAAAACAUCCCCUACAGAGACGCCCCCUACAGAGAGGUCCCCCACAAACAGAUCCCCUACAGAGACGUCCGCUACAAAGAAGUCCUCUACAGAGACAUCCCCUACAAAGUAAUCUCCAACAGCGAGGUCCCCUACAAAGAAGUCCCCCACAGAGACGUCCCCUACAGUGACAUCCCCUACAAAGACGUCCCCUACAAAGAAGUCCCUUACAGAGACAUGGUGUCCUACAGAGACUGUGCUAGCUGUUAG